GCACCGUCAGUGGUUUUUAAACAAGGCAGCUCAUCAGGCGGCUCCUGACCUUUUCCACAUGGGCUGAUCCUCUGGGAAAUGUUUUGGUCUCCGAGGCUUCUGACAGCUGAUGUAUAAGAGCUCUGUGGCUGCAAGCUGGGCAGACUUUGAACUUCUCCCCGUGUCCCCAGAGCCUUGCAGGGCAGCCGCUGUAUGCCGGAAUUAAGGCUGGAAGCGCCUGGCGGGCAAGGGUCGGCAGCCUGCUGCAGGACAGCUCUCCAGGAGGACCACAGCCAGGCACCUCAGAGCUGAGCUGCUGGCCAGCUGCACUUCUUUUGCAGCCACGCUGUCUUUCUGGAGAGUUCUUUUCUCGCACCUGGGCUUUUGGUGAAAGCAACACCUCGCCUUGCCCCUCUUGCUGGUUUUUUUUCUCCAGCCCCGGGCAUGAGCGACAGCUGCUGCCACGCGAGUGCAUGUUGCAGCUCAUGAAGCGUUUUGGCAGCUUCAGAGGGAGCAAGAAGAGAAAGGAGCGAUGCAAAAUCUUGGAAAGGCGCCACUCCGACCGCCAGGGCCUGUCUGCCUCUGGCCUCUCCUCUUCUCCAUCUACCCCAACACAAGUGACCAAGCAGCCCACGUUUCCUCUUGAGUCCUAUAAGCACGAGCCUGAGAGACCAGAAGCAAGGAUUCACUGUUCCUCACCUCCGGACACAGGGCAGAGAUUUUCUCUGCCUCCAUCACAAAGUGCAGCCAAGCCUCCCAUCAUGACACCAGCUCCCUGUGCUACCUCAAAACCUGCGGCGGCAGCGGCUCCGGCUCCCUUGCAGCUCCCGGCCGCCUCCGAAGGGAUGCUGGAGAAACUAGAGCUCGAAGAUGAAGCACUUGAAGAAUCGGAAAGUGACAUUUAUGUGCGAUUCAUGAGGUCACACAAGUGUUAUGACAUUGUUCCAACAAGCUCUAAGCUUGUUGUUUUCGACACUACGCUACAAGUAAAGAAAGCCUUUUUUGCCUUGGUGGCAAACGGUGUGAGAGCAGCUCCACUGUGGGAGAGUAAAAAACAGAGUUUUGUAGGAAUGUUAACAAUUACAGAUUUCAUUAACAUACUGCAUAGAUACUAUAAGUCUCCUAUGGUUCAGAUUUAUGAAUUGGAGGAGCACAAGAUAGAAACCUGGAGGGAGCUUUAUUUACAAGAGACUUUUAAACCUUUAGUGAACAUCUCCCCAGAUGCAAGCCUUUUUGAUGCUGUAUAUUCGUUGAUCAAAAACAAAAUCCACAGAUUGCCAGUUAUAGAUCCAGUCAGUGGAAAUGCACUUUAUAUACUUACCCAUAAAAGAAUCCUCAAGUUCCUCCAGCUUUUUAUGUCAGAGAUGCCAAAGCCUGCCUUUAUGAAGAAGAAUCUGGAUGAACUUGGAAUAGGAACUUAUCACAACAUUGCCUUCAUACAUCCAGACACUCCUAUCAUUAAAGCCUUGAAUAUAUUUGUGGAGCGAAGGAUAUCGGCAUUGCCUGUGGUGGAUGAGUCAGGAAAAGUUGUAGAUAUUUAUUCCAAAUUUGAUGUAAUAAAUCUUGCUGCUGAAAAAACCUAUAAUAACUUAGAUAUCACAGUGACACAAGCCCUACAGCACCGCUCUCAGUAUUUUGAAGGUGUUGUAAAGUGUAGUAUGCUGGAAACACUGGAGACCAUUGUGGAUAGAAUAGUGAAGGCUGAGGUUCAUCGUUUGGUGGUAGUGAAUGAAGCUGAUAGCAUUGUGGGUAUCAUCUCCCUUUCUGACAUCCUACAAGCUCUGGUACUCACACCUGCAGGUGCCAAACAGAAGGAGAACGAGAGCGAAUGACUGCUGUGAAUGUAAACAUUUGUAGGAGAACUUGAACAGAGUUUCUGGGUCGUUUGUCUCAAGAGCAGUGACUGCAAUGGAACAGAGCAGGAUGGUUGAGAAUGUGUUUUGGGACUUAGUGAUGGAUGAUGAGUCUCUUCCCCCCAGUGAUGUCGCAAAAAAAGCAGCAUGACAAAAGCUUAUGUUAAAAUGUAGGCUCGUAUUUCAAAACAUGUCUUCGAAACAUUUGCUGGAAGACUUCACAUGAUGUCCUUCAUUAAAAUGCACUGUAUUCUGAAACUUUUUCAUUUUGUAUUUGACAGAAGUCACUGGUCAGCAAUGGAUAUAUGUGGCAUAAGGCAAGUGUAUGGCAUAUUCAUAUCAUAGUGCCUUAUGUCAAAAUACAGCAAUAUGUCAUCACUGUUGCCCAUCACUGUCAAAGGAAGUGUUGUGCUAAACGAGACACUGUAUUUGAAUGUGAAAGUCUUUAAACCUAAAACCAAAUCAGUUUCAGUUCUCAUUAGAUUUGUCAUAAAAGCUGUAAUUUGGGUAUCGGUAGACUUCUUUAAAACUUCAAUGACAGUUUUGUGUUCAAUGUUGCAUUCUGAACUGAAAUGUAAAACAAGACUGAUUUAAAAACAGCUUUAUUUAUUUUUACUUUCAUGACAAUUUUUUACACAUCUUUGGUGGAUAGCUAAAAUUUCACCAUAUCCAUUAAUAAACUGUUGAUUGUUAUACAAACAA